CCGCGCAUGCGUGAACGUUGAACGCGAAUCGAAACGAGUGAAGGAAUAAAGAAGUUUCGGAUUACCCAUUGGAAUACCUUUUUACAGAACUGACCUGUCUGUAAGGAGAUUCCGAGAAUAUGCGUAGGCCUACUACGCUUUGCAGGCUGCUGCUCCUCUGGCUCUGUGCCGUGUCCGCCAAUGGUCACAUACGCAUCGAGGCCCCGGAAGUGCAUGUGGCGCCCAGUUACAAACCGGCAUUCGUUCGCUCUGCCGUAGAGAGCAUGCCCCUGGAGGAUGAUGGCGGUGCCCUGAGUCGUUUCAGCGUGAGACCCUCAUUUGGAGACACCUUUCUGCCGCUGCGCAGCGCCGUGGAGAGUGUCCCCACAGUGAAUGAGAAGAAUGUGGCACAACUAAGGGAAUCCUCGCCGCUGCGUUCCUUUGUAAGGGACUCCGUUGAGGCGCCACCAAGUGACGAGGAAGAAGACUUUGAAGAACCCAUCAAUUUUGAAAGUUAUGUGAGGGAUAUCGAUGUGGGAGAGGAGCUCAAGCCGGAAAAGCUCACUCAAUUGUUGGAACCAGAUCCCUGGACGGUGUCGGAUAAAUACGCUGCUUUCAUAGCUCCUGGGACCACAGAUGACUAUCAUCCACAGCCGUAUAGAGCGGGUUCUGCGCAUCAGGAGCUUCUCAAGAGUGUAGAUAUUGAAGAGCAUCUCCUGAAGACCGUGAACAUUGAACAAUUAGAGCAUAUUGAUGAGCUCGAUCCUUAUAGGGAACCCCAGUACUAUGGGGCGCUGGCACAGGCGAAUCUAGAGGAUCAGGAGCCCGCCUAUGGGGCACUGGCGCACCUUAAGGCAGCCGAAAAGAAAAAGAACUACAGUGCGGCACCUAAGGUCCUGUGCUACAUGUCCAAUUGGGCCUUCUACCGCAAGGCUGAUGGACAGUUUGCCCCCGAACAGAUCGAUCCAAGGCUGUGCUCCGCCAUUAUCUACUCCUUUGCCUCGCUGGAUCCGGAUCAUUUGACCAUACGAGAGUUUGAUCCCUGGGUAGACAUUGAGAAUCAAUAUUACAAAAGGAUUACAUCUCUGGGAGUACCUGUGCUGAUUGCCAUGGGUGGAUGGACCGACUCCAGUGGCGACAAGUACUCCCGUUUGGUGAGCGAUGAUAUCAAGAGGAAGGUAUUUGCCUCCAGUGUGACUGGGUUCCUGCAAAGACAUGGCUUCAGUGGCCUCCAUCUGGAUUGGAAUUAUCCGAAAUGCUGGCAGAGCGACUGUUCCAAGGGUCCGUCGAGCGAUAAACCGAACCUCACGAAACUCCUAAGGGAAUUGCGAACGGAGUUCCAGCGCGUGAAUCCCAAACUCCAGCUGGGAGUGGCCAUAUCUGGCUACAAGGAGAUCAUCACAGAGGCCUACGAGCUGUCCGCGCUCUCGGACAUUGUGGACUACAUGACGGUGAUGACAUACGACUAUCACGGCGCCUGGGAGCGACAGACGGGACAUGUGAGCCCGCUCUAUGGCCAGAGUACGGAUAAAUAUCCGCAAUACAACACGGACUACACCAUGCAAUUGCUAGUAAAGUUGGGCGCCCGCCGAGAGAAGCUCAUACUCAGCAUUCCCUUCUAUGGCCAGAGUUUUACCCUCGGAAAAGCUCAACAAAAGUUGGUGGGCGAAGGCGUGGCAGCCACAGGACCCGGCGAGGCAGGAGAGCUGACCAAACAGCCGGGCAUGCUGGCCUACUAUGAGAUUUGUCAGCGCAUUCGCAAGUCCAAGUGGCAGACAGGCAGGGAUUCCAAUAGAAGAUCCGGCCCCUAUGCCAUGAUGAAGGACCAGUGGGUGGGCUAUGAAGAUACCGCCAGUGUGGAGGCCAAGGCCCGAUAUGCGGCCAACAAUGACUUUGCUGGAGUGGCCGCCUGGACGGUGGACUUGGAUGACUUCCAGAAUCGUUGCUGCAGUGAAUCGUAUCCUCUAUUGAAGGCCAUCAAUCGGGCAUUGGGGCGUCUGAAUACAGAGCCACCAACGCGCUCGAACUGCGAACGUCCACCGGCAGUGGUGACGCCUGUGCCGCCCCAAAUGACGACCAUAAGCAGCGAUGGAUCUGCGGGUUCAGGGCAGAAUCAUCAGCAUACGACGGCUUGGCCAAGCUGGGAGGCAAGCAGCACCACACCCAAACCAACCACAACUUCCACCAGAGCCCCUACAACCACGACCAAGCGACCCAAGAGCACCACAGCCAGCAUUACCACUUCCUGGUGGAGCUCUACGACGACAAGGCGUCCCAGUAAGCCCACACGAACCACAGCCAGACCAGCCCACACCACAAUACCCGCUGCUGCUGUCAUUUAUCCCGUGGUUCAGCCUUCGAACUGUGCUGCAGGUGAGUUCUAUGCGGAUUCGAAGAACUGCAAUGCCUACUACCACUGCAUCAUUGCGGGGGAGCUCCGGCAGCAAUUCUGUCCCGGUGGCCUGCAUUGGAACAACGAUGCCAAGGGCUGUGAUUGGCCAGCCUCCGCUCAGUGUUCGGUGAAGCGAGAGACAAGUACGGCAAGGCCUCCGGUUCCGCAGCCUUCCACAGCGAGACCUCAGGCUCCUUCCACUUCAAAGAAACCCAGAAAGACCACUGCCAAGCCCAGUCGGAAACCCACAAAGCCCUCGCAGCAGCAAGCGGCAGUGGGAGGAAGCACCACCAGGAGACCCUCUGCUGGCACUGGAAGCACCUCUAAACGACCCUCAGCCGUGGCUGGAAGCACCACCAAGAAACCCCAUCGCACCACAAGGCGCCCACGCCCACCCAUGUCUGCCCGCUGCAACGAGGGGGAGUACUACACGCACAAGAACUGUGGCAAGUACUACAUCUGCAUCAAUGGUGCUCUGGUGCCCAGCGAAUGCGGUGGGGAUCUCCACUGGGAUGGCAUACGGAAGAUCUGCGAUUGGCCGCAGAAUGUGCAGUGUGUGACGAGCAAAAAGUAUCUAAGAAUCACACAAUCCACGCGGAACAGCGAGGAGGAUCCCUGCAAUGGGGAGGAGAGAGUCCCAUAUCCGGGAGAUUGCUCCAAGUACCUGUUUUGCUUGUGGAAUCGUCUGCAGGCGGCCGAUUGUCCACCAGGAUUGCACUACAAUGAAGCGCUUCGGAACUGCGAUUGGCCAGCAGCUGCAAAAUGUAAUCAAAGUGGAGGAAGUAGUGGAUCUAGCGGAGGAUCAGGCACCAAACCGAAGCCUCCAGCAGCAGCCAAGCCUGCGCCUACAACAAAGAAGCCCACAACCACGCCACGACCCACAUAUCCCACGGAGAAGCCUCUGCUGGAGCCCCUGGAUGGCUACUACAAGGUCGUUUGCUAUUUCACGAACUGGGCCUGGUACCGCAAGGGCUUGGGUCGCUAUACACCCGACGAUAUCAACACGGAUCUGUGCACCCAUGUGGUCUAUGGUUUUGCAGUGCUGGACUACUCCGAGCUGACGCUGCGCACCCAUGACUCCUGGGCGGACAUUGACAAUAACUUCUAUACGCGUGUCAGUGGACUCAAGAGCAAGGGCAUCAAGGUGAGCCUCGCUUUGGGAGGAUGGAACGAUUCCCAGGGCGAUAAAUACAGUCGCUUGGUGAGGAGUCCCUCGGCCCGUGCGAGAUUCAUACGUCAUGCUCUCGAGUUCAUUGAAAAGUAUGGCUUUGAGGGCUUGGAUCUGGAUUGGGAGUACCCUGUGUGCUGGCAGACGGAAUGCAACAAGGGAUUCGCCGAAGAAAAGGAAGGAUUCACCGCCUGGGUGCGGGAGCUCUCGGAAGCAUUCAAGCCCCGGGGAUUGCUGCUUUCCACAGCCGUGUCUCCCAGCAAAAAGAUCAUCGAUGCGGGCUAUGAUGUGCCAGAACUCUCGCGCUACUUUGAUUGGAUUGCUGUCAUGACAUACGACUUCCAUGGACAGUGGGACAAGAAGACAGGACAUGUGGCACCACUGUAUCAUCAUCCAGAUGAUGAUUUUGAUUAUUUCAAUGCGAACUAUUCCCUGAACUACUGGAUUGAAAAGGGAGCUCCGUCUCGUAAAAUUGUGAUGGGCAUGCCUCUCUAUGGACAAUCCUUUACUCUGGAGAAUGCCAACAAUAAUGGUCUGAAUGCCAAGGCCCCAGGACCCGGUCAGGCGGGAGAAUUCACCAAAGCUGCAGGAUUUUUGGCCUACUACGAGAUUUGCGAUCGUGUGAAGCACCAGGGCUGGGAGGUUAUCCAGGACGAACGUGGCCGCAUGGGUCCUUAUGCGCGCAAGGGCACCCAAUGGGUGUCCUAUGACGAUCCGGAGAUGAUUCGAAAGAAGUCCCAGCUGGUUAGAGCUUUGGAUUUGGGUGGCGGCAUGGUGUGGGCCCUCGAUUUGGAUGAUUUCCGUAAUCGUUGCGGUGAUGGCGUGCAUCCUUUGCUAAGGGAAAUCCAUGAUGUCCUUAAGGAUCCACCCAGUGGCUAUGAACCAGCGCCUGGCUUAAACCCUGUGGAGCCAGAAUCUGUGGAAGAGCAGGCCAUUUCGGGGGAGGGAGGUACAGCUUCUGUGGAGAAUGAGACAGAAGGAGGAGUCUCACAGGAAGUAGCAGGAGAAGAAGCCUCUCAGGAAGCAGCAGCGGGAGGAGAAACAUCUCAGGAAGCAGCGGGAGGACAAGCCUCAGGAGAGGCCCCAGGAGAAGAUGAAAACGAAGGCGAAGCCGUGGAAGUGGAGGCUGCAGAGCCAGACCACAGUUCCUCCCAGGAAUCUAGCAACGAGGCAGGUGGCUCCUCAGAGUCCUCUCAAGAAAACGAAGUCGAUCCCAACGAAGACAUCGAAGAGGGUGACUUUGAAAUGGAAGCCCAAACCUCAGGGGACUUUAAGGUCGUCUGUUACUUCACCAAUUGGGCCUGGUACCGUCAAGGCGGUGGCAAGUUCCUGCCCGAAGACAUCGAUGCGGAUCUUUGCACUCACAUUGUCUAUGGAUUUGCUGUCCUAAAUCGGGACAAACUGACAAUACAGCCGCACGAUUCGUGGGCCGAUCUGGACAACAAGUUCUACGAACGUGUCGUGGCUUACAGGAAGAAGGGCGUCAAGGUCACGGUGGCCAUUGGCGGAUGGAACGAUUCCGCGGGCGAUAAGUAUGCGCGUCUGGUAAGGAGUGCCCAGGCCAGGGCGCGAUUCAUCCGUCAUGUGAUGGACUUCAUCGAACAAUACGGCUUUGAUGGCCUGGAUCUGGAUUGGGAGUAUCCCGUGUGCUGGCAGGUGGACUGCAAGAAGGGCACGGCCGAUGAGAAGCAGGGAUUCACUGAUUUGGUACGAGAAUUAUCCCUGGCCUUUAAGCCCAAGGGUCUGCUGCUCUCGUCCGCUGUGUCGCCCAAUAAGAAGGUCAUCGAUGCGGGCUAUGAUGUGCCCGAGCUGUCGCGCUACUUUGAUUGGAUCGCUGUGAUGGCCUACGACUACCAUGGACAGUGGGACAAGCAAACAGGACAUGUGGCACCCAUGUACGAGCAUCCCGAUGGUACCGCCACCUUCAAUGCCAACUUCUCCAUCAACUAUUGGCUAGAGAGUGGCGCCGAUCGAAAGAAACUGAUUAUGGGCAUGCCCAUGUACGGCCAGUCCUUCUCGUUGGCCCAGUCGAGCGAUCAUCAGUUGAAUGCUCCCACCUAUGGCGGGGGAGAGGCAGGAGAGGCCACCAGAGCACGCGGAUUCCUCGCUUACUACGAGAUCUGUUCGUACAUCCGCCAGCGGGGCUGGAAUGUGGUCAGAGAUGCAAGAGGCAGGAUGGGUCCCUUUGCUUACUUAAGAGAUCAAUGGGUGUCCUUUGACGAUGCUCCGAUGAUUCGCCACAAGAGCGAGUAUGUGAAGGCCAUGGGCUUGGGUGGGGCCAUGAUUUGGGCCCUAGAUUUAGAUGAUUUCAAAAACGACUGCGGCUGUGAAUCGUAUCCUCUUCUGAAGACCAUUAAUCGUGUGCUGCGUGGCUAUGGUGGACCGCAUCCCAAGUGUUUGCUGGAAAAGAGUGAGAAAACUAUGAUUUCUGGCGAUAAAGAGUCCCCCAAGCCCACCAUCAACACGAGUGCUGCUCCUCUGAUAGAAACCUCAGGAGAACCCUCUUCUGGCCAGGCUAUCGACUGCAAGGGAAGAAAUUAUAUGGCCCAUGAGAGGGAUUGCAACAAGUAUUACAUUUGCCAAUACGGAGAGCUUUUAGAACAGCGCUGCCCAGCGGGUCUCCAUUGGAAUGAAAACUACUGCGAUUGGCCCAACAAUGCCAAAUGCUCCGUUCGUGCGGAUCAGACCACUCAAGCACCGGCCGUGCAUCGACCCAAACCCAGCAGCACCACAGUCUCCCCUGCAGCUGCUGCCACGAAACCCACAAAGAAACCGUUUACCCCACCCAACAAAAAGCCCAUCACGAGGCCCAAGCCAACGCCAGCACCUCCACUGGGCAAUGGGGAGGACUACAAGGUCGUCUGCUACUUCACCAAUUGGGCGUGGUAUCGUCCUGGACAGGGCAAGUACGUGCCCGAGGAUAUCGAUGCCAAUUUGUGCACCCACAUUGUCUAUGGCUUUGCGGUGCUGAAUAGCAAUUCCCUGACGAUCAAGACCCACGAUUCGUGGGCGGAUAUCGACAAUAGGUUCUACGAGCGAGUGGUAGAAUACAAGCAGAAGGGUCUCCGUGUGACAGUGGCCAUUGGUGGAUGGAACGACUCCUUGGGCAGCAAAUAUGCCCGUUUGGUGCUCGAUCCUCAGGCUAGGGCACGCUUCAUCGAGAGUGUCCUCAACUUUGUGGAAAAGUAUGGCUUUGAGGGCUUGGAUCUGGAUUGGGAGUACCCCGUGUGCUGGCAGGUGGAUUGCGCCAAGGGAUCACCUGCCGAGAAACAGGGAUUUGCGGCUUUGGUGAGGGAGCUCUCGGAUGCCUUCCGGCCCAGGGGUUUGCUCUUAUCUGCCGCUGUUUCGCCCAGUAAAAUGGUAAUCGAUGCGGGCUAUGAUGUGCCCCAGCUCUCGCGCUACUUUGAUUGGAUUGCCGUGAUGACCUACGACUUCCAUGGUCACUGGGACAAGCAGACAGGACAUGUGGCGCCUCUAUACUAUGUGGAGGGCGAUGCCAAUCCCUACUUUAAUGGAAACUUUAGCAUUCACUACUGGUUGGAUCAGGGCACUCCCGCGAGCAAGCUGAUCAUGGGCAUGCCCCUGUAUGGACAAUCCUUUUCCCUCACCGAUCAAAAGCAUCGCUCGUUGAACGAUAAGACUGCAGGACCCGGACAAGCGGGCACCUACACACGUGCCGGAGGAUUCCUGGCCUACUACGAGAUCUGCGAGAAGGUCAGCAACGGCGGCUGGACUGUGGUCAGGGAUGACGAAGGUCGCAUCGGUCCGUAUGCCUACAGUGGCAAUCAAUGGGUCUCCUACGACGAUGUGGCGGACAUUCGACGCAAAGCGCAGUUUGUCCGGAGUCUGAAACUUGGCGGCGGCAUGGUCUGGGCCCUGGAUCUGGACGACUUCCACGGUCGUUGCGGCUGUGGCAAGCAUCCGCUCCUGCGCACCCUCAACCAGGAGCUACGUGGCAUACCCGGACAGCGGGCCAACGAUUGCACAUAAUAAUACGUUUUGGAAUAUUACUAAGUGAUCACAUAUCGUACGCUACGACGCCUACAAACCUAAAUACCCAAAACCCAUUGCUGCUGACUGGGCUCGCAAUCUACUGUCAAGAUUUUUGCCAUUUAGUUGUAUAAGCACGAAUCCAAUCCCCCCUAUAAACUGAUACUUUAUUCUAAACAAA